GGAAAGAGGGGCGUGAUCAAGACGGGCAGUGCUACGGGAGGAGCGAGCAGCGUGUUUCCGGGGUCAUCUACCGAACGACGCGGAACACGCGGCAAUGGAAACCGAGUUUCGGGAAAUCGAUGAGCUCGGGAACUGGAACGCCGUUUACCAGGAGAUUAAGCAGCAGUCCAGUGACCUACCAUGCAAGAGCGCCAAACUUCCAGAAAACAGAAGUCGUAAUCGCUACAGAGACGUCAGUCCGUUUGACCACAGCCGUAUUCGUCUACAGAUCGGCAGUAAUGACUACAUCAAUGCCAGCCUGAUCUCAGUGGAAGAAGCUCAGAGAAACUACAUACUAACUCAGGGUCCGUUACCAAACACCUGUGGUCAUUUCUGGGAGAUAGUGUGGGAGCAGCGCUGCCGAGGGGUUGUGAUGCUGAAUCGCGUUAUAGAGAAAGGCUCGAUAAAAUGUGCUCAGUAUUGGCCUCAGCGAGAGGAGAGGGAGGCUGUUUUUGAAGACACAAAUUUCAAACUUACUCUGAUCUCAGAGGAUGUGAAAUCGUACUACACAGUACGACUGCUGGAGCUGGAAAAUCUGUCGACACAGGAAACACGGGAGAUUCUUCAUUUCCACUACACCACAUGGCCAGAUUUUGGCGUGCCAGAGUCGCCUGCAUCUUUUCUCAACUUCCUGUUCAAAGUGCGUGAGUCGGGCUGUCUGAGUCUAGAGCACGGUCCUGUCGUGGUCCACUGCAGCGCUGGUAUUGGCCGCUCUGGAACGUUCUGUCUUGUCGACACCUGCCUUCUACUGAUGUCUCAGAGGAAAGAUCCAACAUCAGUACGCAUCCAGGAGGUCUUGCUGGAAAUGCGGCGAUACCGCAUGGGUCUGAUCCAGACAGCUGACCAGCUGCGUUUCUCUUACCUCGCUGUCAUAGAGGGUGCCAAGUACAUAAUGGGAGACACGUCUGUACAGGAGUCAUGGAAGGAGUUAUCAAAUGAGGAGGAUCUCCCCCCUCAAUUAACUCCUCCUCCUCCCAGACCACGGCCCCGAAUAGACCCACCCAAUGGCAAAGACGAACUGGUGAACUCUGACACCACCCACUUCUUCAGUGAGAUAAUAAAAAACAGUGCAGAAAUCUGUGCAAACAGUGCGCCCCAGACAUUCACAGACGGGUCAGAGCUUCGCAAACGGGCAGCCGGUGAGGUCGGUGCGUCGGUGUUGUUAAGCGAACCCGAUGACCCAAUUGUCGCAAGAGAAGCCCCUCCCAAACCUGCACGGUCUCCGCCCAAGACUCCGACAGAGGAGGCGACUCCUGUUGCUGCCAAUGGAGCGUGGAGCCCCCAGCUGGCCAGUGUGUUUAUGUGCACGGUAAUGGCUGUAGGUGCUUAUGCCUGUUACCGCACCUAUUUCCACUGAUGCCCUCUUUUUCCCAUCCGUCUCUUUCUCUAUCCCUCCAUGUGCUGGCUAUUGGCGGGAAAAGAAAAAGAGAGGCCCACACAGACACUUUCUCAGCUGGGCCCGUCUCACUCUCUCCGAAUGUCUUUGGGAAAGAGUUUCAGAGACUUUUCCUAGCCAAACUGCUGUCGCCUCCCUCUACACACACACUCUUACACACAAUCUAAUAAAUGUGUGUCCGUUUAAAACCUCAGGGCCUCAUAAUUCAGGUGUUGCUACCCAAACGUUAAACACAGGUAACAGAAAAUCCAAAAGACUCUGUUAUUGCUGCAGCAAGUAAGGGAACUUUUCGUGUGUGUGUGUGUGUGUGUGUGUGUGUGUGUAUGUAUGUAUUUCAAUAAUUUUUUUUGUUGCAUUUGUAAGUCUCAGAAGGAGCUGCACAGGAGGUGAGCUUGUCUUAUACAUUCUGAAAACACAAAUCUGCUGUACCUGAUUGAAAACCUGUUUGUAUUUGUGUGUCUUGGAGAAAAGGGAGAUCAUGAGUAGUCUGGGAUGUCUGAUACCAUCAAGUGCUCUGUUAGGCUACUCUCACAGCAGAAAACAUCCCAAAAGCUUUUUCCUUUCAUUCUUUUUUUUUUUCCAGCCUCAGCUUUAGUUUAUACCCCAAAGGUGACACUGGCACUUUGUCUGUGUGAAAAAAAAGAUCAAGUGAGUGAUGCACCGGCCUCUCAUUCGUUCGUUUGUUCAUUCGUUCAUUCAUUCGUUGGUUCCCUUUGUCAAAUCAGACCAUUUAAAAUCCUGGAGCUGGAUGCCACAUUCAGAACAAACUUCAGUUGGUUCUGCAGAGGCCCUGCUGUGGCCAUUUAGUUUAUCCAGAACUCGCAUUUCAUUUUUUAAUUAAACUGAAAUACUAAAAUCAUUUCAAAUCAAGCAAGCAUUCUUUCUAGACCUCAUGGAUUUUUAUGUCCAAAUUCUUCUCUGGAAAUCAAGGUAAAGCAAGUUAACCUGACUGAUUGAUUGUUACAACAAAAAUGUGGCAGCAGGUGGCAGUAUUAAGUACAAUGAGAUUUUUCACUUGUUAUUCCCCUUUUAGAGGACGGUGACUCAUGGGACAGGGUUCGAAUUUUAUUUUUAAAAUUUUAUUUUUUCCUGCUGCAAUACAGAUACAUUCAUGCUUCUGUCCCUUGUCACAUGACCUAAAUGGUGUGCGUUAAGCGCAGGAGGUUAGACUUACCAAAAAAUGUA